AUGGACAUUCGCUGUGCGUCUGUUGUGGGCUGUGAGCUGUCACCUCCGGGGUCUCCCAAGCCUUGCCAGAAGAGGGUGGAGCAGCCUAGUUCAUUGCAAACAAGUGAGUUUGACUCAUCAGAUGAAGAUCCUAUUGAAGAUGAACAGACUCCAAUUCAGAUAUCAUGGCUACCCCUGUCACGAGUGAAUUGCUCUCAGUUUCUCGGUUUGUGUGCUCUUCCAGGUUGUAAAUUUAAAGAUGUUAGAAGAAAUAUCCAAAAGAUACAG